GUGAAGAUGAAGAUUGUAAAGGAGGAUGGUGAAGAUGAAGGUUGUGAAGGAGGUUGAUGAAGAUGUGAAGGUUGUGAAGGAGGAUGGUAAAGAAGUAUGAAAAUAUUAAAGAGGAUGAGAAAGAUGUGGUGUUUUUAUUAAAGCUGUUAUAAGAUUUUUGCCAAAAGACUCCAUAUCCCAUAAGGCUCUGGCUCUACGUCAUUUCCGGUAUGAGAUGACAGGUUUUCCGGCGGCUCUGACGGUGACAGCUGGGCCACAGGCAGUGUAGUGAGAGCGGCUGAUUCUGGAGAAGAUGCGCUGGUUUGACGGCUCCAUCCCCGCGGCCAUCGCCGCCUCCAAGCAGCAGGGCUCCGUGUUCGUCGUGGUCAUCGCAGGAGAGGACGAGCAGUCCAGGCAGAUGUUGUCCAGCUGGGAGGACGAGAGUGUAGCCGAGCUGACCAACAACUGCUUCGUCGCCAUUAAGGUGGACGCUAAAAGUGAGACGUGUGUCCAGUUUUCACAGAUCUAUCCGGUGGUGUGUAUCCCAUCCAGCUUCUUCAUCGGGGACAACGGAAUUCCCCUGGAGAUCGUCGCUGGAGGUGUGUCUGUAGAGGAACUGAGGAACAGGAUAAGCAAGGUCAAGCAGAUCCAUGCUCAGCAGUCCACCGCUCCCGAGGCCUCCAUCCAGGAUGGAAGUUCUUCAGCAUCUGAAAGCCUUCCUGUACACUCAGAUACAGCAGCAGGAAGCCCCUCCACCUCCUCUUCUUCUUCUGCUGCGUCUAAAGAAUCUCUGUCCAUGCCUAUGGAGGAAGCAGGGGCUUCAGGUCAUGUGACUCCAGGAGACGAUAGAAGCCAGUCAUCAGACGACACAUCGCAGGCGUCUCAGGUGGAGGAACCGCUGGACACCAAGGUCGAGAGAAUAACAAAGAAACUGGAAGAAAGACAAGAACAGAAGCGGAAGGGAGAAGAAGAGAGCGAGAUAAAGAAGGAGAUCGAGCGGCGGAAGCUGGGAAAGGAGAUGCUGGACUUCAAGAAGAAGCAGGAGGACGACAAAACCAAGCGCUUGCUGGAGGAGCGAAACCGAGAGAAAGCCGAGGAGAAGGUGGCCAGAGACAGGGUCAAACAACAGAUUGCUCAGGAUCGUGCAGAUCGGGCAGCUCGCUACGCUAAAACCCAGGAGGAGGUCGAUGCGGUCAGAGCGGGCGCGCUACAGGCCAGGCAGGCCGAGCAAGACACGAAAAAAGAGACUGCGCAGAGAGAGAGAAGCGCGAUUGCCAGGAUACAGUUCCGCCUACCUGACGGUUCCUCUCUGACCAAUCAGUUUCCCUCUGAGACGAAGCUGCAGGAGGCCAGACAGUUUGCAGCUCAGGAGGUCGGCAACAGGUUCGGCCGCUUCUCCCUGGCCACCAUGUUCCCAAGGCGCGAGUUCACGGCUGAAGAUCUGGAGAAGACCUUGCUGGAGCUUGAGCUUGCACCCAGUGCCUCCAUCGUCCUGCUGCCGCAGUCAGGAAGGCCUGCUAACACGGUCAUCCAGUCCUCCAGCACUGGAGGUAUCUGGUCAUUUCUGGGCACCAUCUUCUACCCUCUCCUGGCAGUAUGGAGGUUCCUGAGCGGCAUCCUCUUCACCAGCCCUCCUCCCGGAGCCUCCGCGGCAUCCCAGAACCCCCCACCGCAACAGCGUCCUUCAAACAGCUCCAGCUCCAGCUCCGGGGAACCAAAAAGAGAAGCGAUCCGUAAGCGGGUCCAGGAAAAGCGGCCGGAAGAUUUCAAACAAGACGGUAAGAUCUACCGGCUGAGGACCCAAGAGGACAGUGAGGACGACAACAACACGUGGAACGGCAACUCCACCCAGCAGAUGUAGUGCAAUAACACCACUUUAUCUCUCUUUUUCUUUGUUUAUUUGCCUCGGUUGUUUCCUGUCUUCUCUUUUUGGAUCUAGGGCUACAAUUUGCAUUCUUUUUCCCUCUAUCUAUCCAAAAUAACCCCCUCCAUCUCCCCCUUGCAUGGGUAGAUCAAGCUUUAUACGAACAUCCACUACGUGCAGAUUUCUUUUUUUCCCUUGCUGUUUGCUCUCCAGCAGUGUUCCCACGGUAACGCCUCAUGUGCAAAAGCAGGCUAAAAUAGAGGCUUGAAGAGAAAAAAAAAAGCUGCUGCCUUUUUAUUCCAUCUGUAACCUGUAUGACGCUCUGAAAGGUUUCCAGCAAAACCGAGUGAUUUCAUGUCCACAGGGGUCUCGGUGCGUUUUAUACGGAACCUCGGGCCCCCCAGGCAGACGAAUGUUUCUACGCGAUGAAAGCGGAAGUCACUUUAACACUGUCAUUUAACUAAACAAUAAAGAUUUUUUUUCGAAA